AUGAAUGUUUGCCGCCUGCCUGUGUGGGAUUACGUCCAAUGUAACCACGAUGCUGACGGCAUGAUGCCACGUGAAGUUGGCUGUGGGAUCCAGAGUUUGAUGGGCUGGACGCGAGGGCGUUCUUGCGGCUGCUGCCGCGGCCCCCAAAAAGAACCCAAAAAGAACCAAGACGCCACGAGCCCGUCUGCUCAGCCCAGCGCCAACACUAGCGGACAGGCUGCGGCUGAGCGGGCAAGCAGGAGAGAAGUUCACGUCUAGGAGGGGCACAAACACAACACGCACAAGGACCCGCCGCGAGAUACGUUGGCUGCACCAGACAAUUUAAACAGCGAGAGGGGAUGUGGCUGUUUGUUGCACUGUCGGAUGAAUGGCACAACCUUCCCCGCGUUCCCUGCCCAUCCGAGAUGUCUGUUCCCCACAGCAGGAAGGCCGACAGGGGAGGGAGCCGGCCUGGGCCUGGGCCUGGGUCGGUUAAAUAUUCGGCGGGAAACGCUGGCAUGGAUAAGGGCGCGGGAUUUAUCCUCGAGGAAAGCACGCCGAGGUUGUUUGUGAUUGCAUCACGCAUAGUCCCCUUGAAGAAGAAAAAAGCCUCAAGAAUGAAUGAACUCACCAGACAGCUGCCUUGCAGAUGGAC